UAGUUAUUAAAUAAAUUAAAAUGUAAUGUCAUUUUUUGUAAUAUGCCACAUGUUUGUAGGGUUAAACUUUAAUAACAUUGCUUAAAUAAGUAUAUAGAGAAUAGAGAUUAAUCGAAGCAAAUUAAUUUUGGUCUUUUUUAACUUCAAAGUCCUCAAAAUAAAAAAUAAAAUAAAACAAUGUUACGUUGAUCUACGAAAUUUAAUUCACAGAUUCCAUCAUUAGCUCUUAAUAUCAAAUUAUAUAUAACGUGCCCCCAAACAUUAAUGGCCCAACAUUAACUACAUGUAACCUAUUGUUCUAUCUCCUUAUUUACGGUAAAUUUUCCUUUUUUCCAUUUAGCUGCAAAUUUCCUUUUCUAAAAUUUAUUUAUUAACACUAACAAAAAAAGGUAAUCAUCAAAACACGGUUCAACACGAUUACCUAAACAGAAAUAUUUUAGCCUCGCCUCGCUAUACAAUACAAAUCGAAUUUGCUUUUGAAUUAGGGUUCAUCGACUCGUACUUCUGCCAAACUAGUGUUUAACUUUCUAGUGAUGUCGUCAAAAGGUACAACCUCAACUCAAUCAAUCCAGGAAAGAUCGGUUGUUAAAGCGAGGAAAUCAAAUUAGGGUUUUAUCCGAUUUCGAGAGAGAUUCAUCAAGGAAGUUUAAGAUUAAUGGGUAUUGUUUUUUUUUUGAAAAAGAGAUUAAUGGGUAUUGUUGGUUCCAAGGGAGAUUAUAAUACUCCAUUGUUGAAUCUGUGUGAGGAGAGGAAGGAUUUGAUCAGAGCAGCGAGAGAUGCUAGGUAUCACUUAGCGACAUCUCAUCUUCAUUACUUUACAUCUCUUGUAGAAUUCACUAGAGGUCUUAACCAGUUUGUUCAUAAGGAAUUGGUUGUGAUUCCGUAUUCGGAUGAUGAUUCGUCAAGUAGCGAUCUGGUUUGUUCUGGAUCAGAAUCAGACUCGGAUUCUGAUUCUGAUUCUGAUUGUUUUGUAUGUGAUCAGUCUCAAACAGCUCCGUUGAGCAACAAUGACGAUCAGAAUCCGGGAGUAAAGGUGGUUGGAGAUGGAACUUGUGGUUCAAGUAACAAUGGUCAAGAGGGUUUGGAGAAGUCAAGUGAAGAAGGUUUAGGGUCUGAGGGGGCAAAGUGCGUGAAUGAUCCAAAUGAAGAUGAGAGGAAAGAUUCGAAAAACGUUUCUUCUGCUGAUGAACAGAACCCUUUCCUAGGUUAUCAUGAUAUAUUUGGUUUGUACGGUUCCCCCGAGGAUAUAACACAAUAUGAUGUCACAGUACCGGAUCAAAGAGAUGAUGAGGUUGAGAGUGAUGGAUUUAGAGAAAUUAGGGAGAGAGAAGGGAUUCCUGAUUUGGAACCUGAAAGUGAUGAUGGUAGUACUCUUAUAAGAAAGAAUCAAAAGAAGAAGAAGAAGAAGGAGAAGAAUGCUGAAGCAAGCUCUUCAGUUGCUAGUGGAGUUGAUAAGAUAGAUGUCGAAGCAAACACUUGUAAUGGUCAAGUUUCAGGUGAGGUUGAUGACUCUAAUGAAACUUGCGUGCGUGAGACCGAAGAAGCAACUCCAGAGAGUGUUACUGAAGAAGUGACAAGAUCAGAUGAGGAGGAUGGUUUUGAUGAAGCGUAUGAGUCGUCUUCUUCUUCUUUUUCGGAAACAUCUGGUUUGUCCUUGACUGAUCUUAGGAAUGUAGUAGAAAGGAUCAAUCGUAUAAGCGAGAAACUUGUGGGUGAUAGUGAAGUUUCUGAGUUGCUUGAAGUAAGCAGAGUUGUUAACCAUCAACCUUUGGGGUCACAGUUCAAGGGAUUUGCUUCAAAGGUAUUUGGUAGUUCCGGGAAUUCGACUCGUGAUUUGCCGUUGACACGCCGUUUUCGCUUUGAUGAUAUUCCUGUUACACUCUCCAUGACAUUAGAGAAGCUUUGUAUGUGGGAAAAUAAGCUUCAUGAAGAAGUUAAAGUUGAAGAAAAGCUUAGGGUUGCUUAUGACAAAGCGUACAAGAUUGUUCAGACUCUUGAUAACAACGGAGCAGAAUCGAGCGACAUUGACGAAGCCGAGACUGUGCUUAAACGCCUGUUAUCCAAGAUUAAUGACUCGGUUAGAGCAGUUGAAUCGAUUUCGAUGAGAAUUCAUAAGAUAAGAGACGAAGAGCUUUCGGUUCAGGUGAUUGAGAUCAUCAACGGAUUCCAAAAGAUGUGGAGAUUCUUGGCGAAAUGUCACCACAAGCAGUUUCGAGUGAUCACUAGAAGCAAGUCUUGUGUUCAUAUUGUUGAAAAAGGAUCGAGCUCGAGGAAAGCUACGCAGAAGGUUGAAGAACAAAUUAGAAGAUACAGAGAAUCUUUGAGAGGUUACAUCGAUGAACAAAGAGGUUUCGUUAACCUCUUGAACAGGUGGCUUAACCGAAACAUCAUGGAGGACGAAGAUGAAACGGAGACCGAGGCUCCUAAGAUAUUUAAGGUUUGCAGCGAGUGGUUAAGAGAGAUUGAGAAUGUUGAUGAGAUGAAAGUGUUGAGUGCUGUUGAAGAAAUGAGAUCGAGAUUUCAAGGGUUAGGGUUUAAGCAAGCAGAGGAAGAGAAACAGAGGAUGAGAACAGAGAGAUUGUCUAAGGAGUUAGAGAGGAAGACGAAAGAAGUGGCGGAGAUUUGGGGAACCGCGGUUGUUUUUCCGGAAACUAAUUCUGGUCGGACGGCAAACAUGAUGCUUGGACCGGAGUUGCUGUCUUUGAGAGAGAGUAUGACGCAAGAAACAGAAAAGCAUGGGAGAAUGAUAAGAGAGUUAAACGACACCGUGUCGGUGAGUUUGCAAGAGUGUUUGGUUCCCAUCUUUGAGGGUUUGGAGGAAUUUUGUUUCGCUAAUUUUAAAGCAUAUAAGAACAUUAGAGUCGUUUCCACAGAAACUUUAUAAUUGCGUCAAUCAUAGAGAAAUAAAGAUGUAAAGAUAACAAAAUAAAGACUUUCAUAUG